UUUGUCCUUCACGACUUGCCGUAGAAAGACGUCACUUUAGUGAGACAGCAACAAUGGGUCAAAGCCAAAGCGGAGGCCACGGUCCUGGAGGGGGCAAGAAGGAUGAUAAGGACAAGAAGAAGAAGUAUGAGCCUCCCAUUCCCACCAGAGUUGGCAAGAAGAAGAAGAGAACCAAGGGACCAGAUGCAGCCAGCAAGCUGCCUUUAGUCACCCCACACACGCAGUGUCGGCUGAAGCUUCUGAAGCAGGAGAGGAUCAAGGACUACCUCCUCAUGGAGGAAGAGUUCAUUAGGAACCAGGAGCAGAUGAAGCCUCUAGAGGAGAAACAAGAGGAGGAAAGGUCAAAGGUGGAUGACCUGCGAGGGACCCCCAUGUCGGUGGGAACCCUGGAGGAGAUCAUCGAUGACAACCACGCCAUCGUGUCCACCUCCGUGGGCUCGGAGCACUACGUCAGCAUCCUCUCCUUCGUGGACAAGGACUUGCUGGAGCCCGGCUGCUCUGUCCUCCUCAACCACAAGGUCCAUGCUGUGAUCGGGGUGCUGAUGGACGACACGGACCCCCUGGUGACGGUGAUGAAGGUGGAGAAGGCCCCUCAGGAAACCUAUGCCGACAUCGGAGGGCUGGACAACCAGAUCCAGGAGAUCAAGGAGUCUGUGGAGCUUCCUCUGACACACCCAGAGUAUUAUGAGGAGAUGGGCAUCAAGCCGCCCAAGGGAGUCAUCCUGUACGGAGCCCCAGGCACAGGUAAGACCUUAUUGGCCAAGGCGGUGGCCAACCAGACGUCGGCUACGUUCCUGCGUGUGGUGGGUUCAGAGCUCAUCCAGAAGUAUUUGGGGGAUGGGCCCAAGCUCGUGAGGGAGCUGUUCAGGGUGGCUGAGGAGCACGCGCCCUCCAUCGUCUUCAUAGACGAGAUCGACGCCAUCGGAACCAAAAGAUACGACUCUAACUCUGGAGGAGAAAGGGAGAUUCAGAGAACCAUGCUGGAGCUGCUUAACCAGCUGGAUGGUUUUGACUCCAGGGGGGACGUCAAGGUCAUCAUGGCAACCAAUAGAAUAGAGACCCUGGACCCUGCACUUAUUAGACCUGGGAGAAUCGACAGAAAGAUUGAGUUCCCCCUACCUGAUGAGAAGACCAAGCGGAGGAUCUUCCAGAUCCACACCAGCAGGAUGACUGUGGCCGACGACGUCACCCUGGACGAGCUCAUCCUGGCCAAAGAUGAUCUGUCCGGAGCCGACAUCAAGGCUAUCUGUACAGAAGCAGGCCUCAUGGCCCUCCGAGAGCGCAGGAUGAAGGUCACCAACGAGGACUUCAAGAAGUCCAAGGAGAACGUCCUCUACAAGAAACAGGAGGGAACCCCUGAAGGACUAUACCUCUAACCCCUGACCCCUCCCCGUGUGAAAGAGAAGCCUGGCUCCUGCAGUUUGUCUACCCUGAGAGUUUUGAUAUAUUUUGUGCAUGGCUUAAUGUUUGACUUCCCACCUUUUUGUUAUGGUUCAUGUGGUCCGUCUGUAUAUGACAAUAAAAAACGUUGUACUGUGAGCAUGCGUUAAAA